AUGGGUAUCGUCAGCAGCAAGCCCGACGACGGGGCUGCUCUCUACCUGAGAGAUCAGAACCGAUUGAACAUAUCUUCCUUGGUCGUUACAAGCCCACGGAAGCGAACCUCUGUUAACAUUGUCCCCAAUGCAUAUCCAACUACCAAGAUAACCGCCCAGAGAACGCUCGGCGACACAUCUCCCAUAGAAUUUGUUCAGGUUGGUUUGCGCCGCUUCCCCCCAGCUUCCCCUCCUCCCAUCAGUCUUCGACCUUUGUUCACAGCUCCUGACCCGCCCCAGGAUCCCGACCCCUCAAACCCGAGCGGUGCACCGAGUUUUCUAAUCAAGCUGAGCAACGAUGACGAGCUCAUAUUCUCCUUCACAUUUGUCAUGCGCCAGUCGCAGGGCCAACCUGACGCAAAUCCCGGCCCCAUCGAUACCAGCAUUUCCGGCCUCACCUAUGUCAACGCCUCCAACCCCAGAGAAGUCGAGAACCUAGUGACUCGAGAGUUCCAUGCCGACCCGAAUCUACAUAAGAAUGCCAACGUGGCCUUGGUUGGUGACUAUUCAACCGGUGGAAGCCCGUCAGUGACAUUCGAGUGGACAUGGAAGUGGAAGCCGCCGAAGCCCACAGAGGACAGAGGUGGCGGAUGGAGGAACUCGUGCAGCUUUGUUGAGUACGAUUCUCGGGCCCAUCGGCUGCACACAUUGGCGAGCUUCUCCUAUUUUGUUGCAGGCACAGGCGCAUCCUUGAGCCAUCCGAACUCGCCCUCCCCUCCUUUCCUGCUAGCAUCCCCACCCAAAAUUCGAGUUGCCUCGUCCCAAUCAGUAGACUCCCGCAUGACCGUUCCAGAUAUCCUCGACGAACCCGUCUCGCCCUUGAUGCCUACCGCCGAGGUACCACCUACACCCUCGUUCAGGGAAGCGAAGGAGCCUGUCAAGGUGGACGUACCUUGUCCCAAGCCUGGAGACGAAGUCAUGGUCAGCGACGACGGACCAGUCUUUCGGGCUACCCUCAAGGCUCUGGAGCAAAAGACGGGCAACAUGAGGACCCAGAUGAAGAAGGUUCUGAAGAAGGCCGAACACGCACACGCAUGUCAAAUCGAAGCCAACGACGCCUUCCUCGCCUUCGUUGACUCGCUCCGAGAUGCUGCGUCAACCAACGCCAACGCCGUCCAACCCGCUCUGGAGCACUACUUUGACAAGAUUGCGCGAGAGAUUCUCAGCUUUGAGCGCCAAAAUACCUAUAACCUCCAAAAGAUCAUCAUCGACCCUGUAGCGAAGCUAUACCAGGUCGACAUCAAGCAGGCCGAGUCGAAGAAACGAGACUUUGAAGAGGAGAGCAAAGAUUACUAUGCAUACGUAUCCCGCUACUUGGGGCAACGUCAGGACUCGGUCAAGGCUAAGAAGCUUGCGGAGGCCGAUUCCAAGUACCAGAAUAAGCGACGCAACUUUGAGCUCAAGCGGUUUGACUAUUCCAGCUUCAUGCAGGACCUCCACGGAGGUCGAAAGGAACAGGAAGUUCUGUCUCACCUUACGAAAUUCGCCGACUCCCAAACAAGGGGAUUCCUCGCGACAGCCAAGAAAAUCGAGACCCUCCUGCCGCAACUUGAGGCGCUAUCGAAUGAGGUUCAGGAAGCUGACAAGGAAUAUCAAUAUCAGCGACGUGAGCGCGAAGAGAAGAGGCGCCUGCUUGAGAAGACCAAUACUCCCUAUAAAGAGCCUGAGCAGAGCAGCACCAUUAGCAGCAUCCCUAUCGCCACUGCCACUAACGGAAGUGCUGGUAACACCUCGGAUUCCGACCUGGGCCGCGCAGAUAGCACUGGAUCACAGCUUAAUUCUGGAGCCGCGAGCGCUCCUUCGGCCGUGGAACUAUCUAGGUCUCCUGGUAGCGCACAGCCGAUGGUAGGAAGCCCCGUCGCGUCAUCCAAGUUCAAGGGGAUCCGCGAUCUUGAGGAGCGGGAUAGCUCACAAUCGGUUGUCACCCACCGCAAGGAAGGGCUCUUGUGGGCGCUCAACAGGCCUGGAGGACAUGUUGACCCUCGAAACUUGAAUAAACAGGGCUGGCACAAAUUCUGGAUCGUUCUGGAUCAGGGAAAGCUGUCUGAAUAUAGCAACUGGAAACAGAGGCUGGAUCUCCACAUGGAUCCUAUCGAUCUCCGAAUGGCCUCAGUUCGAGAAGCUCGGAAUGCUGAGCGACGGUUCUGCUUCGAGGUGAUCACCCCGAACUUCAAGCGAGUGUACCAGGCUACGUCAGAGGAAGACAUGAACAGCUGGAUCUUGGCUAUCAACAACGCUCUUCAGAGUGCCAUGGAGGGCCGAAGCUACCAGGGCAAGCCAACUUCAUCGAACGGCGACUCCAUCAAGAGAGACAUUGGUUCUGUUCUCACAGGCAAGACACAGUCGCUGAGCCACGGCAACCAUCACAGCUCCUCCAGCAGCGGCAUACCCAGUCGUAGGAUCACAGUGGGUGCACGGCCCAGCGCAGUCAGAACCCCUAGCUCCGGCUACGACGAGUACCCCGAUAGGCUUCUGCAGAUGGUUCGGGACAACGAUCAAGGCAACAUGUGGUGCGCCGACUGUGGUUCUGGAUCCAAGGUGGAGUGGGUGUCGAUCAACCUGGGUAUCAUCCUGUGCAUCGAGUGCAGUGGUAUCCACCGUUCUCUCGGUACCCACGUCAGCAAGGUACGAUCUCUGACGUUGGACGUCAAGUCUUUUACGGUCGAUAUUGUCGAGCUCCUCUUGCUCAUCGGGAACCGUGUGUCGAACAUGAUUUGGGAGGCCAAGCUCGAUCAGUCACAGAAGCCAACAGCACAGGCGAGCCGUGAGCAGCGUCUUCGGUUCAUCACAUCCAAAUAUGUGGAUCGGGCGUUUGUAGAGCCCAUCUCACCGACGCUAUCACGAUAUGCGACAGCGGAUGAGACUCUGCUGGCCGCUAUUAAGAAAAACGAGAUCCAGCAGGUGCUGUACGCCCUGGCACUUAAGGCGAACCCAAACACUGUCGACAAGAUGAGGGGCACUCACGCUGUAUGGCUUGCUCUGGCUGCGGCAGACCCGGCAGCCCCGUCUCCUACCCCUGUGUCGGCAGCCGAUGACGGCAAGUCUGUGCCGUUCCCAGUAGCGGAGCUGCUGGUCCAGAACGGGGCCGAAAUACCUUCAGCGAUGCCGGCGUUUCCUCUGGGGCGCUUUGCGCAGCUCUACGUAGAGCAGAAGCGUGGGCGUGGGGUAACUGGGAGCUCUGGCGACGCAGUCCCCUCACUACCUGGAACAAUGAGUCCAGCCGAGAAGCUUCAGCGUGAGAGAGAAGCUCGACUUCAAAAGCGCGGCUCGCUACCAGAGGACGAAACCGAGACCAAGAAGCCUCGCCGAGCCGAACAUCUGUCCCCCGGCGCGCCAGAUAAGACUCCCGUCGCCAAUAAGCAGCAUCUCCCUUCCCCCGUCACACACGUCACCGAAGACUCUGGCGACCUCGUCAAGGAGGCCACCGUCACUCCUCCGGGGCAGCGACAGCAGGAAAUCACCCCAAAGAAGACCGAAGACGCCUUCUCCCAAGCCCAGGCGCUGUCCUCGCCGCCCCAGGACACCCAGCCGCUCAGCCAGUUUGUCGACCGCCACCCUGCCAUCUCUGACGACAUUGAGGAUGAGGUUCGCGAAGGUGUCUGGGGAUACCUGGUUCCUCUCGAUCCCAAAUAUGGCGACAAGCCCAUUGUCUUGAAGAAGCGAAGUGCGUGUCCCUUGCCAGAGACAGUUGCCGAUGGUGUCAAGAAAGAAGAUGUGCCCAAGACCAACGGUAAAGCAGUCGCGUUGAAGGAAGAAGAAGCCUACGAGAAGAAGAAGACCAAGGGCGUUCCUUCCGGUGGCUAUUUGAUAGGCCGCCAUCCCGAGUGUGACAUUGUCGUCAAUGACGGAAUUGUUUCGAACCGACACUGCCUGAUCUUCACCGAGAACAAGGGCAACGACACCGUUGCGAUCGUCGAAGACCUCUCGAGCAAUGGAACCUACGUCAAUGAAGCCAUUGUCGGCCGAAAUCAGCGUCGCGAGCUGGAGGAGCAAGAUGAGAUUGCCGUCCACGGCAAGGCGCGCUUCGUCUUCCGCUACCCCCAGGCCCGCCAGACAAGCGACUUCUUGCAACAGUACACGCUUCUGGAGAAGCUUGGCAAGGGCCACUUUGCCGAAGUCUAUCUCUGUGUUGAAAAGUCGACCGGUCAGCGAUACGCUGUCAAGAUCUUCACCAAGCACCCUGGCAUGGAGGAUCGCUCAAAGACCGAGGGUCUGCAGCAGGAAAUUGGCGUGCUGAUGGGUGUCAGCCAUCCCAACGUCCUCUGCCUCAAGGACACGUUCAACGAGCGCGACCGUGUCUACCUGGUGCUUGAGCUUGCGCCAGAGGGAGAGCUUUUCAACUACAUCGUUAUGAAGCAGAAACUCAGCGAAGACGAAUCAAGGAAACUAUUCUUGCAGCUGUUCCAGGGCAUCAAGUAUUUGCACGAGCGCAACAUUGUGCAUCGGGAUAUCAAGCCCGAAAACAUUCUGCUAGUUGACAAGAACCUCCAUGUCAAGCUCGCCGAUUUUGGAUUGGCCAAGAUUAUUGGGGAAGAGUCAUUUACGACUACACUCUGCGGAACUCCUAGUUACGUUGCUCCUGAGAUUCUGGCCGAUUCGAAGCAGCGUAAGUACACAAAGGCCGUCGACAUUUGGUCUCUGGGAGUCGUGCUCUAUAUCUGUCUUUGUGGUUUCCCGCCUUUCUCGGACGAGCUAUACUCGCGCGAUUUCCCCUUUACUCUAUCCCAGCAGAUCAAGAGUGGACGAUUCGACUAUCCUUCGCCCUACUGGGAUUCUGUUGGCGACCCAGCCCUUGACCUGAUUGACUCAAUGCUGAUUGUCGACCCCGAGAAGAGGUUUACAAUUGAUCAAUGUCUCUCACACCCCUGGCUCACCCAGAACGCCCCCAGUGUCAACGACAGCACCGGCGGCCUAGUGGGCGGGCUUGCAGGCCUCGAGGUCAACCGACGAGUGCCGGCUAGAGAGCGAACCCUCCUAUCAUCGAUCAACUCGGUGCAGGUUACAGCCCAGCUCGAGGUGGGCAAGAACAAGAACCCUGUCAAGGUGUUUGCCAAGAACAAGGGCCGUGUUACCAACGUUCACAAGGAGGCGGGGCCCGCUUCUCAACGAGCACCCCAAGAGUUCAUGGAGCUGGGAGGUAAGGGCGAUCAAGAACUCUUCGGAGAUGAAGAUUCGAGCAUUUACCCAAUAGGUGAUAAUGCCAGCAAGGUCAAGGCGGGCAAGGCCAAGCGAUAA